AUGUGUUUCUCUCUGAUCACAACCUUUACCAACUUCUUCAUGAUUGUGUCGCCGGUGAAAAUCGCUUCUUCAUCAGUCUCUCACUGUCCUAAGGUGGUUGACACUUCAAAGAAGAAACCAACGGCUUUCAAUGAAAAACCUAAACUUGAGAUAAAAUUCCGCGUGAAGAGCAACAAUGAAGGUGGACCAAAAAUAAAGACCGAUCAGGAACAGAUUUUGGCCGUCACAAGAACUAAGAAAGACUGUGAAAAGCUUGAGACAUCGGAGAAGAAAUCAAGGGUGAGCAGCUGUGGUAAGAAGAACAAAAAGAAGAAAAUUGCGGACGUAGAGAAUCAAACCCUGGUUGCCCCUGGAAGAAAUUCAGGAGGGAAAGAAAGGCGUGAAUUCUGUAUUUCACUAACAGAAGAAGAAAUUGAAGCGGAUAUAAUGGCAAUGGGUGGAUCAAAGCGGCCACGAAGGAUCAAGAAGGAACUAAGGAGUGUGCAGAAAGUUCUGGACAAUCUUUUUCCGUGUUUGCGUUUGAAAUAUAUAACAGCUGAUGAUUAUAUACUUCCUGAUACGCCUUAA